UUCACUCUCAGCUUCAGAUCGCACGGAAUGUUGAACUGCGCUGGUUGUUGCAUCAGCUGUGUCAUACAGAAGGUGUCAAUGAAAUUGAUUUGCGUGUUCUUGGUGUCUCAGCUGGUCAGCUGUGUCAGCGCCCAGACCGUUGGCUGUAACAACACUGUACAUGCCAACGGUACAGUGACCUAUCAACUCUCAAAGCCCAUGCCAGGAUCGCCCUCAACCUGUGUAAGGCAGUGGUUGGAUGGAAAUGGCAUUGUUCUCACCAAUGAUGAUGACAUAGACAAAGAUCGUAUUCUGGUUCAGACCAGUCAAUCUAUUACCAUCAUAGGCUGCAUGGACAGGCUGAAGUACUUAGAGGAAUGCACACUUAAUAAAACGAAUUCAAAUCGCAAAGUAGAGUGCCUUAGGAACUGUAUUGUGAAGCCAUUUGGCCAGGAAUCCAUUGAACCAGAGCACAAAAUAUGUUUUGGUGUUAGGUGUGUAUCAGGGAUAACAUUUGGGCUUACCUUUGGAGUAUCAGCUGCUGUCGUCAUCAUCAUCAUCCUGGUUCUCCUUAUUCGCUACAAGAUCCACUUAUACCGAGUGUGCAUGUUUGUUGGACAUCGGUUGAAUGGGACCACUAGAGAACCGUCUCCUGACACAGAGAAGCCACUAGAGAACCCUCUCCUGACACAGAGAAGCCCCAGGGCCACCCUGCUCCCACUGUCAACUACUCCGCUGUGAACCAGUAGGCAACAGUGAUCAUGUGAGAAGGAACCAGGGGGUGAAGGGGGAGAGAGAACAAUAUGUGGGAGGUUCAUUUGCUUUGGGUUCACUUCCUGGCCAGAGUCGUCAUUGCAAAUUAGAAAAGGUUCUCAGCCGGCGAACCUGAUCACUUCAAGGCAUAGUUUGGGAUGUUGUCAAUGAAGCCCUUUAUCUACUUCCCCAGAGUCAGAUGAACUUGUGGAUACCAUUUUUAUGUUUAUGUCCAGUAAGAAGGAAGUUAGAUUUGGCUUGCAAAACUACCUCUAACUAGUGUUAUCACAAUGACUGGAAAUCUAUGGGAACCGCACUAAAGAGACCACCUACACAAAAGAGAAAACGCUAACUCACUGUGGAAGCUCUUAUUACAGCUACACCACACACAAGUCAUAACUGUCUAUUAAUUUAAUGUUUUUUUUUUAAUGUGCUUGGAAUAUGAGGUGGCUGUCAUUUUACAUUAUGAGAACAUAUUGAUCUCUUGCUGUGGAAGCUAAUGUGUCUUGGCUCAGAAGCGCACACACACAGAAAUUCAUAUCUCUCCAUCCACUCCCUUGUGUAGAUGGACAGCAUUCCUUUGGCAGUUUGCGCUGAGUCACUCAUCCUACUUCGUAGUGUAAUGCUAGAACAGAAAUAAAGUAACUCGUCUCCCUUCUGUCACUCUGGCAUGCCCUUGCAAAUCCUCCAACUCCUAUAACUUGGCAUUACCCCCUAGCUAGCCCCUGACCCUUAAGGUUUGUAGAGGAUUUCAAGCUUAAGCAAAAUGUCACCUAGCUUAUCAGAGGGCCAUGUUACCAUGUGCACUUACAUUUAAUGAUUCUUCAUAAGAAUUUCUACUAUUUUAUAUUAAUAUAUCUUAAAAUACACAAUAUAUUGUAUAAUUGUAGCCGUAUGUACUAUUGCAGUAUGUAAUUUAAAGUAUUUACCUAAUUCAUUAUGGUCAAUGAGUUGGAAUGUGUUAUUUCAGAGUUGAUAGUGCCUACAGUAUUGAUUAGGCAUAGAGUACUGUAUUUAAUCUGUUCUGAAUACUGUUGAUCUAGUUGCACUUACAGGCAGGCUAUACUGCCUGUCAAACCCAUUUAGAAUGCUGUAAGACAGUUACUGUGAUUUAGUCAUGUGAGACUAAAGGAAGAAUAUAUAGAUAUUUUAGUUGUCCUUAUUUCAUGUGAUAUCCAGAUCUCUUUGCUUUAUAACCCGAUUCAACAGCUUGUAUUAAAACAUUGUUUCUUUGUUCUUCCCUCA